GCUUUCGAAGCAACUUUUUCUUCAGCUUGGCCUGAAAAAGUGCGAAACAACAUUGAUUGGUGUUACAAAUCGACUUAAAGGCAUCUCUUGUGGUGAAAGUAAACGCCUUGCAUUUGCUUGUGAAAUUCUUACCGAUCCACUUAUUUUAUUUUGUGACGAGCCAACAUCUGGCCUAGACUCUUUUAUGGCCGUACAAGUUGUGCACUGUCUGAAAGAUAUGGCCAAAAAAGGAAAAACAAUAAUUACAACGAUUCAUCAACCAUCCAGCCAAGUAUUCAAUAUGUUUGACAAUGUAUGUUUCAUGUCAAUGGGCAAAGUUGUGUAUUUCGGUCCGAUCACGGAAGUUUGCAAGUUCUUCAGAAACAUUGGCUUCCCGUGUCCCGAAACGUAUAAUCCAGCAGAUCAUGUCAUUAAAACUCUAUCCACCAUUCAAGAUGAUCGGGAAUGCCAAACGAGGGUGGAUAAAAUUCGAACCGAAUUCGAGAAAUCGAUUUUUGGCAUGAUGCUGUACAAAAAAUCACAUGGCCAAGGAUUAUCGCAGGAAGGAAACAAAGAUUUAAAAAAGAGAAAAAUGUACGCAGUCUCAUUUUUAUCUCAAUUUCUAAUUCUUGUGCGGCGAUCUUUCCUGACAACAAUGAGAGAUCCUUUACUACUGAAAGUAAAAUUUAUUCAAGUCAUCGUUACUGCGUUGGUCAUAGGCAUGGUUAAUUUUCAAACACAGAUAACCGGUCUAACUGUAAUGAAUUUGGAAGGUAUACUGUACAAUACUGUACGUGACAUGAACUUCAUUUUCCUCUUUCCAUCUAUCAGCGUGAUAACGUCAGAAUUACCAAUAUUUUUACGUGAACAUUGCUGUUCAAGAAUUUAUAGCGCUGAGGCUUAUUAUCUGGCAAAAUCAGUUGCUGAACUUCCAGAAUAUACCAUACUUCCACUUUGCUAUGCAAUUAUUGUUUAUUUCAUGAGCGGACUUUAUUUGGCAGUAAAGGCGUUUGUCAUCUAUUGCAUAAUAACUGUUGUAAUAACAAAUUUAGCAGUUUCAAUAGCAUACGCCGGUGCCUGUAUUUUUGGAAAAGACAACCUAGCUCUUACUUAUAUGCCUUGCUUUAUCUUGCCAAAUUUGGUAUUCGGCGGCUUUUAUAUUAGUUUCCACUCCAUUCCUAUUUAUUAUCAGUUCAUAUCAUACAUAUCAUGGUUUCGAUUUGCUUUUGAAGCACUUCAAGUAAAUCAAUGGCUCAAUUAUAAAACGAUACCUGGAUGUGAAGAAGAUGCAACCAAAAUAGCCAGUUAUUGUCCAGCAUUUUCGGGAAAGGGUUUACUGGAACGUCGAGGAAUGGAUACUUCACAGAUUGUUAUUCUUAUCAAUCUAUUCAUCCUAAUUGUAAUGUUAAUCAUCUUUCGGGUUGUUGGCUUGAUGGCAUUACUUCUAAGAGUUCGAUUAACGAAAUAA